UAUUACGGUUAUUACGGUUCUGAAGCAGGAGAAGAACCCACCAGGCACUUCCUGUUUUCUACAGUUGUCUCUCAUGGACAAAGAAGUUUGGAUUAAGAAAGAAAGAAACUUAAUUUUAAGACGACUUUUCCUUCGAAGGCAACUGGAUUGCUUGGCCAGGAGAGCCUUACCACGAGAAAAGGACAACAGUAUGACAGUCUUUGGUCUUCCCAUUUGGAAAAGGAAUAUUUUCUACUGAGAUCUAGGAACGUGGGACGCUUUGACUCACCACAAUGAACUUCAUAAGGAACAACAGACCAGCCCUUAUUCAAAGGAUGGGUUUAACAGUUACCAGGCAAAUCUGCGAUGACCUCCUUGAAUUGAACGUUCUCAACAAUCAAGAAGCUGACCUCAUUUAUUGUGAGCCCUUGGAGCGGGAAGCUGCCCGAAAGAUCAUCCAUAUGACUAUGCAGAAGGGCUCAGCGGCCUGCAACCUCUUUCUUAAGAGUCUUGAAAACUGGGACUAUUUUGUGUAUCAGGACUUAACUGGACAAAAUCUUUCUUAUCAGGUCACAGAAGAAGACCUGAAUGUUUUGGCCCAGAAUUUAAAGGACUUGUACAACAGCCCUGCUUUUCUGAACUUCUACCCCCUGGGUGAAGAUAUCGACAUAAUUUUUAAUCUGGAGAAAACCUUCACAGAACCUAUCAUGUGGAAGAAGGACCAUCGUCAUCACCGUGUGGAGCAGCUGACUUUGGGCAGCCUGCUGGAGGCUCUGAAGAGCCCCUGCCUGAUUGAAGGCGAGUCUGGCAAAGGGAAGUCCACCCUGCUGCAGAGAAUCGCUAUGCUCUGGGCCUCUGGGGCUUGCAGGGCUCUGAAGGGGUUCAAAUUGGUCUUCUUCAUCCACCUGAGAAGCGCCAGGGGGGGACUAUUUGAAACACUGUACGAUCAGCUCCUGAACAUACCUGACUCCAUCAGCAAGCCGACCUUCAAGACUCUGCUGCUGAAGCUACACAAGGAGGUCCUCUUUCUUCUUGAUGGUUACAAUGAAUUCCAUCCCCAGAACUGCCCAGAAAUUGAAGCCCUGAUCAAGGAAAACCAUCGCUUCAAGAACAUGGUCAUUGUCACCACCACCACGGAGUGCCUGAGGCAUAUCAGACAUGUUGGCGCCCUAACUGCGGAGGUGGGAGAUAUGACCGAAGACAGUGCCAAAGUUCUCAUCGAGGCAGUGUUGGUACCUGAUCAGGUUGAACGCCUGUGGUUCCAAAUCCAGAAGUCCAGGUGCUUGAGAAAUCUGAUGAAGACCCCUCUCUUUGUGGUGAUCACCUGUGCAAUUCAGAUGGGCAGACAGGAAUUCCAAGCUCACACCCAAACCAUGCUGUUCCAAACCUUCUACGACCUCCUGAUACAGAAAAACAGCCACAGAUACAGAGGUGGAGCUUCAGGUGAUUUUGCCAGGAGCCUAGACUACUGUGGAGACCUGGCCCUAGAAGGUGUGUUCGCCCACAAAUUUGAUUUUGAACUGGAGCAUGGGUCCAGCAUGAACGAGGACAUCCUGGUGACAAUAGGGCUCCUCUGUAAGUACACAGCUCAGAGGCUGAAGCCCACGUAUAAGUUUUUUCAUAAAUCAUUUCAGGAGUACACGGCAGGUCGGAGACUCAGCAGUUUGCUGACGUCCAAAGAGCCAGAGGAGGUGAGCAAGGGGAACAGCUACUUAAACAAAAUGGUUUCCAUCUCUGACAUCACAUCCCUAUAUGGCAAUCUGCUCCUCUACACGUGUGGGUCGUCCACAGAAGCAACCAGGGCGGUCAUGAGGCACCUUGCAAUGGUUUAUCAGCAUGGCAGCCUACAAGGACUUUCUGUCACCAAGAGGCCUCUCUGGAGGCAGGAAUCAAUCCAGAGCCUGAGAAAUACCACUGAGCAAGAGGUUCUGAAAGCCAUCAAUGUCAAUUCCUUCGUAGAGUGUGGCAUCAAUUUAUUCUCAGAGAGUAUGUCUAAAUCAGUCCUGAGCCAAGAAUUUGAAGCUUUCUUUCAAGGUAAAAGUUUAUACAUCAACUCAGAGAACAUCCCUGACUAUUUAUUUGACUUCUUUGAAUACUUGCCUAAUUGUGCAAGCGCAUUGGACUUCGUGAAGCUGGAUUUCUAUGAAAGAGCUACAGAGUCACAGAACAAGGCAGAAGAGAAUGUCCCUGGUGUUCACACAGAAGGGCCCUCAGAAACCUAUAUUCCCCCCAGGGCUGUGUCUUUGUUCUUCAACUGGAAGCAGGAAUUCAAGACUCUAGAGGUCACACUCCGAGAUAUUAGCAAGUUGAAUAAACAAGAUAUCAAAUAUCUGGGGAAGAUAUUCAGCUCUGCCACCAACCUCCGGCUGUAUAUCAAGAGAUGUGCAGCCAUGGCUGGAAGGCUCAGCUCAGUCCUCAGAACCUGCAAGAACAUGCAUACCCUCAUGGUGGAAGCCAGUCCCCUCACCACGGAUGACGAACAGUACAUCACAUCUGUGACAGACCUCCAGAACUUAAGUAUUCACCACUUGCACACUCAACAGCUGCCAGCCGAAGGCCUGCGAAGCCUGAAGAAGAUGCGUUUACUCCAUUUGACUCAUUUGUCUGACAUUGGGGAGGGGAUGGAUUACAUAGUCAAGUCUCUCUCAGAAGAACCCUGUGAUCUCCAAGAGAUGAAGUUGGUGGCCUGCUGUCUGACUGCAAACUCUGUGAAAGUUCUAGCACAGAAUCUUCACAAUUUGAUCAAGCUGAGCAUUUUUGAUAUAUCAGAAAAUUACCUGGAAAAGGACGGAAAUGAAGCUCUACAGGAACUGAUCGGCAGGCUUGGCGUUCUGGAAGAGCUCACUGCAUUGAUGCUGCCUUGGUGCUGGGAUGCGCACACCAGCCUGCCCAAGCUGUUGAAGCAGUUGGAGGGGACCCCAGGACUUGCCAAACUUGGAUUGAAAAACUGGAGACUCAGAGACGAAGAGAUUAAAAGUUUAGGUGAAUUUCUGGAGAUGAAUUCUCUGAGAGACUUGCAGCAGUUGGAUUUAGCGGGGCACCGUGUGAGCAGUGACGGAUGGCUUUACUUCAUGAAUGCUUUUGAGAAUCUGAAGCAGUUAGUGUUUUUUGACUUUAGCACUGAAGAGUUCUUACCAGAUGCAGCACUGGUGAGGAAGCUUAGUCAAGUGUUAUCCAAGUUAACUCUUCUGCAAGAGGUAAGGCUCACGGGCUGGGAGUUUGAUGUCUAUGAUAUUAGUGCUAUUAAAGGCACCUUUAAACUAGUGACUGCUUAAUGCACCCAUGCCACCAAAUACUCCAGGACUCCCUCACCUCCAGCGAAUCAUUAAAAACCAUGCAGAAGUGGGGCCACAGAGCUGGCUCAGAGGUAAAGAGCACUGGCUGCUCUUCCAGAGGACCUGGGUUUGAUUCGCACCACCUACAAGGUGGCUCACAACCAUCUGUAACUCCAGUUCCAGGGGAUCCAACAUUUUCUGAUCUCUAUGGGUACCAUGCAGGCAAAACACUCAUAUACAUUAAAUAAAAUUUAAAAAUGCUUAAAAAAAAUCUUGAAGAAGGAAGUCAAAGAAGAAAAAAGAAGAGGAAUGGACUUGAGAAAUGAGUUUGGUCUCAUCUCUCCACCCAGGACAAUCUCUGUGCCCUUCAGGUGUGUUUGUGUUACUUGACCCCAAGAAUACCGGGUCAAAAAACCUUGCGAUACCCUGUUCAUCUGUCCUUAGUACAGUACCUGGCCUAUACAGACUCAACAAGUACUUGAUAAGUAUGUGACAACUAAAUUACCAAGAAAUAAAAUUGUCUAGAGAACAGACUUCAUAUAUGCUAUUUAAUUCAGCUUGUUUAAUUAAAACACUAUGGAAUGUAUAGAAUAUGUUCUCACAUGAAAAGUGUUCUCAGAUUUGAAAGAGGCGUUCUUAAAAAAAAAAAAAAAAAAACACAACAAACCAUUAAAUUAUGUGUAUGCAGUGUGUGUGCCAUGGUGUACCUGUGGGGGUCAAAGGAUAACUUGUGGGAGUUUGUUUAACUCAAGUCAC